UCCCCAGUCUCGACAUCCGGCUCUUCUAACGGCUCCGGCCUGAAGCUCAAGCUCCGAGGUGUGCAAGGCGCGCUGCAAGAAUGGAAUGAGAGUGCGGUUAUGCAGCCUGUCGCCGCCAGUCUUAGCGGAGUUGCUCGCCACAAGCGUGCCUCUUAUGAAGAAGCUACCUACGAUGAGGAUGAUACCGACUCCGAGAUUGAACUCAUCGCUCCCACUGCGCGUGUUAAGAAAGCCGCCAAGCCUGUUGUGAAAACGCGGUCUCUAUCCCCCGUUACAAAGGGGCAUCUAUCGCUCAUGACACCUGUUAUGAAGCGAAACAAACGCAUCCUCAACCUGGACAAGGCUGAGCAUACACGGCUCGUCGCUAAUGCCACUAAGGUUGGCGCCGAAUACUACGAUAGCGACGAAUCCGAUGUGGCUGGGCCCGUGAAAGAUACGACCAAGCCGCAUCUCUUUCGCAAUGUUAGAUGGGGUGCUCAUGCUACAGACUAUUCCGACGAUGCCCAGUUUCCCACUGAGCCCGAAUUCACCCAAUUCGUCCCCGGCCGCUUCGAACUACAGCCCGACAAUACUGUGGCGGAUCAAAAGGCUAAGCUCAUCGUAAAGCUCACCGACAUCCACGGUAAAAAGCGUAUCUUUGCGAAUCCUCCGCCGCGUGAUUGGAACGAUCAGGUCGCUAUCACUGCGCUCAACAAGCGUACGGUGCAGCAGAUCCGACGCAACACCCAUGUUCGCUUCCGCGAUGUCGUGGUUGCGUAUGUAGCUGAAGAGCGCAAGUGGAUCUUGGACAAUCUCACCAAUGGCAAGCCAACGAACGGCUGGAAACGUUUCGUCGACGAAUUCAAUGCGAAAUUUGAGGGCAAGGUGAUUGAACAUGUGGGGAAGGCUAGGCCAUUCAGAACGCAUUCAUCGCUGACGAAGGAGGUUGAGCGCUUUGGCGCGAAGUGGUAUUCGAAGGGUCUUGUGCCGGUGCCGUUCAAGCAUAGUGUCAAGAGAGGUUCGAAGAGGAGUGAGUUGUAG